GGUUGCCAGUUUGGUUGUUUCUGGUCAGUCUCUGACCCAAUCUGUCAGUAAAUUCCAGCUUCUGUAGGGAUUUCCAUGAAUCUGGCAACCCAUGUCUGGAGCAGUGAUGGGAAAGUUUCUGGCUCACUGGUGAUGUCUUUUCUCAUUAGCACAAAUUUCUCACCAUUUUGAUCAAACCUGAGCUAAAGUGUCUUAUAUCAUAUCAUUUUCAGAAAUAUGGAUGAGAAUUCGAAUUAUGAAAUAUUAGCGGAAAUUGGCGAGGGCGCCUACGGAAAAGUGUACAAAGCGAGGGAGAUGGGUGACAAACAGCGCCUCGUAGCGGUGAAGAGGCUCAACAUCAGCGGGGACCCGGAUGCAGGAAUCCCGCAGUUCAUGAUCCGCGAGGUGGCGCUGUUGCGAAAAAUAGGCCAUUUCAACCACCCGAACGUAGUCAAGUUGUUGGAUGUGUCAGCUGGUCUGAGGAAACCCGGUUUGGACCUGAUGCUGGUGUUUGAGUACAUCGAUCAGGAUCUUUCCUCUUUCCUCAGCACAGUGCCUGAGGACGGUCUGGGCAGAGACAAAAUAAAGGACGUGAUGCGGCAGCUGUUGAAGGGCCUGGACUUCCUCCACACUAACACCGUCAUGCACCGUGACCUGAAGCCCUGUAACGUGUUGCUGAGCAGCCGUGGGGAGGUGAAGAUCGCAGACUUCGGCUUGGCGAGGAUCUACACUAACUGUAUCGCCCUGACACCCUGCGUAGUGACUCUGUGGUACAGGGCUCCUGAGGUGUUGCUCCAUUCAGGCUACAUGUCCUCUGUGGAUAUCUGGAGCGCUGGCUGCAUCAUGGCGGAGCUCUUCCUGCUAAAACCUUUAUUCCAGGGAUACACAGAGGUCCAGCAGCUUCAGAAGAUAUUUGAGGUGAUUGGGUUACCUGGUAAAGAGGAAUGGCCUAAAGAAAGCCCCAUCCGCUAUAACCCAGCCUGGGCUAGACGAGACGUCACCACACAGCUGCUGCCGAGCCUGACUGCAGAGGAAAACAACCUGCUCAAUCAAUGUCUGGCCUUCAGUCCAACCCAGCGCAUCUCUGCUUGUAGAGCUUUAGCCCACCCUUUCUUGGCUGGUCCUUAACCUUAAAACACGAUGGAAUAAACACUGAGGGACAUGACAUGAAGAAACAUUAAGAGCAAGGGUCCUGAUGGAGGCAAGUGGAUUUGAUUUGGGCUCCUCCCACCCACAUACCCAGGAAAUCAAGUAAGGAAUAACACACUUGGGGGUGUGCUGUUAUAGGGGAUUAAUCAAUGAUAUGGUGGUGUGAUAUGGACAUCAAGUAGAGUUAUUGUUACCACCCUGAAGUUGAUUGUUUUCAUAAAACAGCAUGUCCGAAAGUGUUUUAUUCCUCUUAUACCGCAGCAAUUUGUCGACAGUUAUAUAUUUUCCUAUUUAUUAAAGAACAACACAUACUUUUUAUCAGUUUAUAGCUACAUUUAAUGUUGUGGACCAAGUUAGUUCCUGUUAUCACUUACAUUAUAGAUAUACAUAAACAGUUUUCUCUUGAAGUUCAUCCUUUUCUGUGGAGCAUCGGCCAUACAAGUCCUUAUGUAAAUUGCUACUAUAGAAACAAUAACAUAUUAGAAGUAGCACAUUAAUACAAACCCUGCAGUUGGCACUGUUUUCAGAGCUGCUUUUAUAGAAAUUGAAUCAACACCUUCUGACCAAAUCAGAAUCAAGCACAAAGCUGUGGUAUGCAAGAAGUUAAAACAGGUGGUGUUUAAAGUACAGUUGUCUUAUUAUGUAGGAAAAUAAAAAGGUUGAGCGUAUUUAUGUGUACGUUUGGCUAAAUAUUGUUACUGCUACAAUCAGGGAUUUUGAUGCAGCAAAGCAGGAGCAUAGACCUUGACGAAACUUUAAAAGUCCUUUCUUUUGUUCCAGCACUCUAAAUUUCUUAAUAGAACUGUGGAACGAAAUUGUUUGUUUAGCUUCACACUUUUGCGAGGUGUGUUAUUUGAUGAUGAAAUGAUUUCUAGCUACAGUUAAUACAACUGCAUUAAUUAGAAGGAGAAGUGAUAAGUAUUAAUGGCCUGUUAUAUAAAGUUCACAUAUUUGACUCAUUCUGUGAAGUUUGUAUUCAUUAGCUGUCUUUCUUUAUACAUCAUUCUGAGAUCUGGUAUUACACGAUUUCCCAACUGAUAUCAAAAUUAAAUAUGCAAAUGAAAUUAUUGACACUUCAUUUGAAGCAGUCAUGUAAUAAUAACACAUUCGAAUCUUACAUUCUUUAAGGUUGCUUACUAUACAAGUAAGGACAGAAAAGGAAAAAUCAUAUUAAGGCUAUAGCAGAAACCCAGACAGGUAUACAAAUAUUAGGCAAUCAUAAAGGUUUGUAUUUGUUUUUUGUUAUCAAAAGCUCAGGUCAUGCUUGCUCAGCUGAAAUGUUUCCACUGAACUGUAAACAACUUCAGGUCUCAUAGCUUUUACUAACUGUCAAAGAGAGCAACUUUGUGUAAGGAUGAAUUUGAUUGUUUGUUCAACAGCAUAGUUCGGUUGUUGGUUUUUGUUUUCAUGUGUUUCCCUGAGAUGUUUUGUUCCUAAUCUUGGCUGGAUUUGACACUGUACAGUUACAGCUGCUUCUGAAAAACAACUGCCCGUGUUUAUGGUUUAACGGGUUGUCUAGGAUUUCAGUACCUGUGUCUUUCCAGAUGUCUAAAGUGUCUUUGUUGUUGCAUUGUUUUUUUCCAAAGCAAUUAAAAAGUUUAAAGGAU